CGGAGCACCCGCCCCUCUGGGCGCUUCUUCCGGGUGGGGCCCCGGGCGGAGGCGAUGGCGCCCUGGGCGCUCCUCAGCCCCGGGGUCCUGGUGCGGACCGGCCACACCGUGCUGACCUGGGGGAUCACGCUGGUGCUCUUCCUGCACGAUACCGCACUGCGGCAGUGGGAAGAGCAGGGGGAGCUGCUCCUGCCCCUCAUCUUCCUGCUCCUGGUGCUGGGCUCCCUGCUGCUCUACCUGGCUGUGUCACUCAUGGACCCAGGCUACGUGAACGUCCAGCCCCAGCCCCAGGAGGAGGCCAAGGAGGAGCAGACAGCCAUGGUUCCUCAGACCAUCCCCCUUCGGCGCUGCAGAUACUGCCUGGUGCUGCAGCCCCUGCGGGCCCGGCACUGCCGGGAGUGUCGUCGCUGCGUGCGCCGCUAUGACCACCACUGCCCCUGGAUGGAGAACUGCGUGGGGGAGCGCAACCACCCGCUCUUCGUGGCCUACCUGGCACUGCAGCUGGUGGUGCUUCUGUGGGGCCUGUACCUGGCAUGGUCUGGCCUCCGGUUCUUCCAGCCCUGGGGACUGUGGCUGCGGUCCAGCGGGCUCCUGUUUGCCACCUUCCUGCUGCUGUCCCUCUUCUCGUUGGUGGCCGGCCUGCUUCUGGCCUCGCACCUCUACCUGGUGGCCAGCAACACCACCACCUGGGAGUUCAUCUCCUCUCACCGCAUUGCCUACCUCCGUCAGCGCCCCGGGAACCCCUUCGACCGCGGCCUGAUCCGCAACCUGGCCCACUUCUUCUGCGGAUGGCCCUCAGGGUCCUGGGAGACCCUCUGGGCCGAGGAGGAGGAGGAGGAGGAGGGGAGCAGCCAAGCUGUUUAGGGUCACUGGAGGCGGGCUGCCAUCUUGUGCCUGAAAACCUGAGGAGCCACACCCAGCUGGGGUGGGCCCUCGGAGGGCCUGGGCUCCUCACUCCGCCCCGUCCUCCCAGGCCUCAGUGGGCAGUGCUGCCCUCCGAAGGGAGAAGGGGAGGAAGAGGACCUAUGGGGGGCUCAGGCACAAAGGACCUGGGCCUCUGAGACCCCACCUCGCCUCCCAAGCCAGGCUGCCCCCAGUGCACAGUUUUAUAAAUUUAAUAUUCCAUAAAGCAGGUCACGUAUUAAAAACCAAACCAGACCGCUC